AGAGUGUGUGAGGAGCGAGAAGUCACUGUGAUUCCGCCAAACAGUGAAGUUUCCUCCAGCUCUGCUCUGCUCUACCUAGUACCUGAGGCCCUGUGUGUGUCCAGCAUGAGUAACAUAUACGAGUCUGCAGAGGCGACCCUCGGCCUGUGCAACUCUUCCUGUCUGACCAAGGUUGAGCUGAGAGUGGCUUGUCAAGGGAUCUCAGACCGAGAUGCCCUUUCUAAACCUGACCCCUGUGUUGUCCUCAAGAUGCAGUCACACGGACAGUGGUUUGAGGUGGACCGGACAGAGGUGAUCCGUAGCAGUAUCAGUCCAGUGUUCUCUAAGGUGUUCCUGGUUGACUUCUUUGAGGAGGUGCAGCGUCUUCGCUAUGAGCUACAUGAUAUCAGUCCCGCUCACAACGGACUCAGAGACACAGACUGCCUCGGAGCUAUGGAGUGCACAUUGGGACAGAUCGUGUCCCAGAGGAAACUGUCCAAAGCGCUACUUAAGCAGGGAAACGCUACCAGCAAGUCCUCGAUCACGGUAACAUCAGAGGAGUUGUCAGGUAAUGAUGACUACGUAGAACUAUCCUUCAGAGCUCGGAAACUAGACGACAAGGAUUUCUUCAGUAAAUCAGAUCCAUUUUUGGAAAUCUUCAGAAUGAAUGAUGAUGGCAGUGGAUCACUUGUUCACAGAACUGAGACGGUGAUGAAUGACCUCAGCCCGGUGUGGAAGUCAUUCAAGGUCUCUCUUAACACACUGUGUAGUGGAGACCACGACCGCCAACUAAAGGUAAGAUCCCAACAUGCAAUGGACUGUAUAAACCCCAAGUACCAACUGAAGAAGAAGAACUACAGAAACUCUGGCGUCAUCGUCCUCAACCACUUUUACCUCAGUAUGAAUGGUCACCAUAGCGACUUGGUUAUACAACCUUUACAUUGUGUGCGUGUGUGCGUGACUGUGUGUGUGUCCCAGGUGGCCAUAGACUUUACAGCGUCAAACGGAGACCCAAAAAACAGUUGUUCUCUCCACUACAUCCAUCCAUACCAGCCCAAUGAAUACCUGAAAGCCCUGGUGGCUGUGGGAGAAAUCUGUCAAGACUAUGACAGUUUGGGUUUGGAGGUCAGAUCCCACCUGACUUCAAGGUCUCACACGAUUUUGCCGUGAACUUUGAUGAAGACAAUCCAGAAUGUUCUGGUAUCCAGGGUGUAGUGGAGGCCUACCAGGGCUGUCUUCCUAAGAUCCAGCUGUACGGACCGACCAACAUCGCUCCCAUCAUACAGAAAGUUGCUUCUUCUGCCUCAGAGGAGAUGCACACCAAGGAAGCUAUGGAGUAUUUCAUCCUGUUGAUCCUAACAGAUGGAGUGAUAACAGACAUGGCUGACACUAGAGAAGCUAUAGUCCAUGCUUCCCACCUACCCAUGUCUGUCAUCAUAGUAGGGUGGGAAACGCUGACUUCAGUGACAUUGCAGAUGUUGGACGGAGACGAUGGAAUACUCAGGUCCCCAAAAGGAGAGCCUGUUCUCAGAGACAUUGUCCAGUUCGUUCCCUUUAAAGACUUCAAACAUGCGCAGAAAAUCAAAGAAAUUACGUCACAGGCUCACAGCAGAACAGAUGGAGAAAGAGAAAGAACCAGGAGAGGAGUUGAAGAGGUGAUUUUCUGCUCUUGUAGUUUCCUUUCAGAGAGGAUCAGAAAGACUAAGACCCUGAGAGACCUCUGGUACUUCGGAGUCUCCGUCACACGGUUACUGGCGGACGCGGAGGACCCUGACCCCAACGCAGUGCUGUGUUUUGCUGAAGGCAUCCAGCAGAUGCAUCCCAGAUCCUCACAGCCAUUGUCAUUCUGA